AUGAAUGCUAACGGUGAGAUUGCGUUCAGUGGAAUGCAACUCAGCCGACAAGGCUUCAGUGGUGCUCAAGUGCGCCAAGGAUUCGAUGCAACUCAAGCUCGAACUCUACAAGCUGUGAAAACUGGAUAUUUUGAUACGUCAAAUGUCUUUCACGAUGCUAUCAAGGAAAAGGAUGAGAAUGGCAAUGAUGUCUAUCUUAUUCCAUGUCCUGCUGGUACGACAAAUUUCAAACUUCAAUCCGACUGGCACUAUGCUAGUGAAGAUGAAGAUUUGCCUGAUCUUGCUACUGAAGCAGAUCGAGGUCUGCAGUUUAUUCAAAGCCACAGAAAGGAAAGAGAUCCAUUUGGGUUAUACGAUCAUGUCAUCAUGGACAGUGGUUGUACAAACACCACCAUUUGUAAUUCUGAGCUCAUGCAUGGACUCCGUCAUGCUGAGAAAGAACUUGACAUGCACACUAACGUGGGCAGCAGAGUUCUCAACAAAGAAGGUUUCCUAGGAAGAUUUCCACCUCCAGUCUAUCAUGAUGAAGAUGGAAUUGCCAAUGUACUUGCUAUGCGCGAGAUGAUUGCUGCGGCAUACCGCAUUACUAUGGAUACUGAUGCUGACAAUACUUUUAUUGUGCAUUGUGAUGGAAACAGAAAGAUGUGA